CCCCUUGGAAAUUCCCAGUAUUCCAUACUUAGUUCAGAUUUGAGUUAUACAAUAAACAAGCCCAGACAUAGAGCUGCCUUCUUCUGUAUUUGAACCUCCUAUAAAUUCAUAAUUGAGUUAGUGCCUAGAGGAAAAUCUGUUGUGGAAAAAAACAGUCUUGGGACAGCACAGUGAGAGUUAUCUGGGCCUACCACCACGAAGAUCCUGGAGAUUCUGGUCCCAAGUACCAUGACUCAAAUCGAGGCACAAAGAGUCUGAGAUUACUUAACCCUGAGAAAGCCAAUGUGUUGUCUACAGCCUCACCAUACUUUGAUCUGGUAAAUCAAGACGUCCCCAUUCCAAACAAAGGAACAACAUACUGGUGCCAAAUGUUUAAGAUUCCUGCAUUCCAGGAAAAGCAUCAUGUAAUAAAGGUUGAGCCAGUGAUAGAGAAAGGCCAUGAGAGCCUGGUCCAUCACAUCCUGCUCUAUCAGUGUAGUAGCAACUUUAACGACAGUGUUCUGGACUACGGCCAUGAGUGCUACCACCCAAAUAUGCCUGAUGCCUUCCUGACCUGUGAAACGGUGAUUUUUGCCUGGGCCAUUGGUGGAGAGGGCUUUACUUAUCCACCUCAUGUUGGAUUAUCCCUUGGCAUGCCACUGGACCCACAUUAUGUGCUUUUAGAAGUACAUUAUGAUAAUCCCGCACAUAAGAAAGGCUUAAUAGACAGUUCUGGACUGAGGUUUUUCCAUACCACGGAUAUAAGGAAAUAUGACGCAGGAGUGAUAGAGGCUGGCCUCUGGGUGAGCCUCUUCCAUACAAUCCCUCCAGGGAUGCCUGAGUUCCGUUCUGAGGGUCACUGCACUCUGGAGUGCCUAGAGGAGGCCCUGGGAGCUGAGAAGCCAAGUGGAAUCCAUGUGUUUGCAGUUCUUCUCCACGCACACCUGGCAGGCAGAGGCGUCAGGCUGCGUCAUUUUCGAAAUGGGGAGGAAAUGCAGUCAUUGGCUUAUGAUGAUGAUUUCGACUUCAAUUUCCAGGAGUUUCAGUAUCUGAAGGAAGAACAAACAAUCUUACCAGGAGACAACCUGAUUACUGAAUGUCGGUACAACACCAAGGACAGAUCUGGGAUGACUUGGGGAGGAUUAAGCACCAGGAACGAGAUGUGUCUCUCAUACCUUCUUUAUUAUCCAAGAAUUAACCUGACCCGGUGUGCCAGCAUCCCAGACAUCAUGGAACAGCUGCAGUUCAUUGGUGUGAAGGAGAUUUACCGUCCUGUCACGACAUGGCCUUUCAUUAUUAAAAGCCCUAAGCAAUAUAAAAACCUUUCUUUCAUGGAUGCAAUGAACAAGUUUAAAUGGACUAAAAAAGAAGGUCUAUCCUUCAAUAAGCUUGUCCUCAGCCUACCAGUGAACGUGAGAUGUUCCAAGACAGACAAUGCAGAGUGGUCGAUUCAAGGGAUGACAGCGUUACCUCCUGAUAUCCAAAGGCCUUAUAAAACAGAACCUUUGGUGUGUGGGACAUCUGCUUCCUCUCCUCUGCAUGGCGUUUUCUCUCUCAGGUUGCUGCUGUGCUCUCUGCUUCUUGGGAGUUUGCUGAGCACCCAGGGUUUGUGACUGCUGUACUUGGUGACACUGGAGUCUGGAAUCUGAGACUGUCCUUUAAAGUCAGGUUAAAGACUAUGUUCACAUUGGGCCUGAAGAGAUGGGCAUGAAGAGCAUGGGGACUUUUGUCUCACACACUCCCUCCAUUUUCCUUCCCAGUGUACCCAAGCGAUGUCACUGGGGUUCUCAAGAGUUUCCCUAUAAAAGCUGAUGUUCUGUGCCUAUGAUUAGUAAAAUAAAAUGGACCUGUCCUAACUGCUUUGAAAGUUCAACAAGUCACACAGAAUGAAAAGUAUCUUUUUUUUCCCCUAUAUUACAUGUUAUUUCAAUACCCAUUGUUCAACCCGACAUCUGUCCAAUUCUUUUUCACAAACAGCGUCAAAGGAAUUACUCUCCACUCCAUUCCUAGGUGUAACUUGCAAGUAUGAGCACGGCCGUACCCUCUGACAUUGCCCAGUCGUUGUUUUUUCUAUUAUCUCUGAUCUCAGUGCUUUUCAGUGGUACCUCUUCUGUUCCCAUGCUUAUCUGAGUCUGUUGGUGCCCAAACCCACAUUGAAUUAUUUCCCUGUCUCUGCAGUACCAUCCAGUUGAUUUUUUCUUAAGCUCUGUAACUCUCUUAAAAGAAAGAGAUUUUCAUGAAUGUGGAUAUGGUGGUGGCUGAUUGUAGGCUAAGAAAAAAAAAUGAAGAUGGUUGCAAACCCCUUGCUGUGAAGGGUCUUAGAGGAGAUACAAUUACAAAGCAGAGCGGACAGUGUGAGCAAGCAGGAAGCCAUGGGGUUUGUAAAUGCUCACCACUGGGUGUUCCACGCUGGCUCAAUUUGAAUCAUAUUUCCUAUGAUAGAUUUAUUUUUAUAUUAGUUAAUAAACUGACUUCCAAUUUAAAAUUUCCACCAACUGAAGAUCUUAUCAUUCUUUGGGUUCUCUGUAUUAGCUAGUUAAAUCUUCUUUUCUGUCCUAUCUUUAUCAAUAUGAUCCAUGUUUAGAUCAUAUUAAUAAACUUAAUGGAAUCAAAGUUUUUGUAUAGUAUCUUAUGUUAUCCUAGAGAGAACCAAGUGAUUGUAUACUGAUGUCAAUAAAACCAGCUGAGAAACUGAAUUUUUUCACUUUAAGUCCUUUCUGUCUUACAAUCCUGAACUAUAUUGUGUUUUAAAUAAAUAUUAUAUUUUAGA